ACUGACUCUGGCUUUCUGUUGCUCUCUUGCUCGUCAUUCUUUCAGUUUGGCUAUCUUUCGUUCCAAUCCUGGUGUGCAAAUUCGCCGGCAUUUUGUCGUAAUUGUUCAUAAUUCUCCCUUCGUUGAAAUAGUCUUCGUAUUGAGUUUAAUUUUUAGAUGUCCACUGCUGAGGUGGAUCCGUCACCCUCGUCUCCCAGUCCUGCUGCAAAGAAAAGGAAGUUGGAAGAAAAUAACGGGAACAGCAGUAACGGUAGCAAUCACCAUUUAAAAGAAGUUCAGCAGCAAUCGAAAAUGGCAGGAAAUGGCAACAUCCACACCAUCGAUGAGGGUCUUUAUUCCAGACAACUUUAUGUAUUGGGCCAUGAAGCUAUGCAGAGGAUGGCUACUUCUGAUGUCCUGAUUUCCGGUCUUGGAGGCCUUGGAGUGGAAAUUGCUAAGAAUAUCAUCUUGGGAGGUGUGAAGUCUGUCACCCUUCAUGACAACUCAAUUUGCAAAGCCUCUGACCUUUCUUCCCAGUUUUAUGUAUCGGAAGCAGAUCUGGGAAAGAACAGAGCUGAAGUUUCUCACAAGAGCUUGGCCGAACUCAAUCAGUAUGUCCCAGUAGAAACUUAUACAGGAGAGUUGAACAAAGAAUUCUUGAAGAAAUACCGAGUUGUAGUUUUAACUAAUUCAAGUCUUGAAGAGCAACUUCGGGUUUCUGAGAUCGUUCGUAGCUUCGGCAAUGCUCUCAUCGUCUCCAAAACACAAGGUCUGUUUGCCCAAGUCUUCUGUGACUUUGGGGAAGAUUUCACCAUCAUCGAUACUACUGGAGAAAAUCCCGUUUCUGCUAUGAUUGCGGGGGUGACUAAAGAAGAAGCAAGUGUUGUUACUUGCUUGGAUGAGACCCGGCACGGAUUGGAAGAUGGCGAUUGUGUUACUUUCUCGGAGGUACAGGGCAUGGUUGAGCUGAAUGGUUGCGAACCCAAGAAGAUCAAAGUACUUGGACCAUACACCUUUAGCAUUGGUGACACGAGCGCUUUCAGCGACUAUGUACGUGGAGGAGUGGUUACUCAAGUGAAAAUGCCCAAACAAAUCCACUUCAAACCGUUGGCUGACGCGCUCGAAGAACCAGAAUUCGUGAUGACAGAUUUCGGCAAAUUUGAUCGGCCCCCCCAAAUCCAUCUAGCAUUCAGGACAUUGGACGCCUACGUCAAGAAGGAGGGACGAUUGCCAACUCCUUGGAGCCGUAAAGACAGUCAACAGUUUGUGGAUUUAGCUAAAGAGUUAAACACCGGUCUAAGUGGCUUAUCUAAAGUUGAUGAAGUUGACGAAAAGUUAUUGGCCACCUUCUCCCAUGUAUGUCAAGGAGAUUUGAACCCCUUAAACGCCACUCUCGGCGGGGUUGUCGCUCAAGAAGUUAUGAAGGCGUGUAGCGAAAAGUUUUCUCCCAUUGUUCAAUGGCUAUACUUCGAUGCCACCGAGUGUCUGCCAGAUAACCAAGAUUCGUUGACCGAAGAAAACUGUAAGCUUACUGGAUCCAGAUAUGAUGGACAGGUGGCAGUUUUUGGCAAUGAAUUCCAGAAAAAGCUUGGAUCCCUACGUUACUUCAUUGUGGGAGCUGGAGCUAUCGGUUGUGAGCUUCUCAAAAAUUUUGCCAUGAUUGGAGUUGGUGCUGGUGAAGGGGGCCAAGUCUUCGUAACAGACAUGGACUUGAUUGAAAAGUCCAAUCUGAAUAGGCAGUUUCUUUUCCGGUCGCAUGACGUACAGAAACCCAAAUCCAGUUCGGCGGCCGCUGCCGUGAAGGUGAUGAACCCUCAGGCCAACGUUACAGCCUUCGAGAAUCGCGUCGGUCCCGAAACGGAGCAGUUCUUUGAUGACGAUUUUUUUUCGAAAUUGGAUGGCGUUGCUAAUGCCCUCGACAACGUGGAUGCCCGUAUCUACAUGGAUAGGCGCUGCGUCUAUUACCACAAGCCCUUGCUCGAAUCUGGAACUCUGGGUACCAAAGGAAACGUUCAAGUUGUUAUCCCCCAUCUAACGGAGUCAUAUAGUUCGUCUCAAGAUCCUCCGGAAAAAUCAAUUCCUAUCUGUACGCUGAAGAAUUUUCCUAAUGCCAUUGAACACACACUGCAAUGGGCUCGGGAUAUGUUCGAAGGGUUGUUCCGGCAAUCAGCAGAGAGCGCUGCUCAAUAUUUAGUUGAUUCUAAAUUCAUGGAGAGAACACUAAAGCUAACAGGAUCUCAACCACUCGAGAUAGUCGAGGCCGUCCACCGCAGCCUAGUUGAGGAACGUCCGAAGAAUUUUGAGCAGUGUGUGCAAUGGGCUCGCCUCCAUUGGCAGGAACAAUAUCACAAUCAGAUCAAGCAAUUAUUGUUUAAUUUUCCACCCGAGCAACUUACUUCUUCUGGUCAACCGUUUUGGUCGGGACCUAAACGCUGUCCUCAUCCAUUGGAAUUCGAUAUCACUAACCCCGUCCAUUUGGAUUAUGUGGUAGCGGCUGCUAAUCUAAAAGCAAAAAUUUACAACAUCCCACAGUCGCGCGAUGUACAGGCUAUUACUAAAAUGGUUGAAUCGUGUGUCGUACCGGAAUUCGUACCACGUUCAGGAGUUAGAAUUGCUGUUUCGGAUGCGGAAGCUGCUGCUGCCGCCAACAACCCAGGCAUGCUUGAUGAAGACAGACUUACCCAGCUGCAGACGGAGUUGCCAUCUGUGGACUCUCUGUCCGGCUUGCGCAUUCUCCCCCUUGAAUUUGAAAAGGAUGACGACACCAACUUUCACAUGGAUUUCAUCGUAGCCUCUUCUAACUUGCGGGCAGAGAAUUAUGAUAUCGCACCGGCUGAUCGCCACAAGAGCAAACUUAUUGCUGGAAAGAUUAUUCCAGCUAUUGCUACUACUACCUCCGUCGUUUCAGGCUUGGUCUGCAUCGAACUUUUGAAGUUGGUACAGGGUCAUACCAAUCCAGAGGCAUUCAAGAACGGGUUUAUCAACUUGGCUCUUCCGUUCUUUGGCUUUUCUGAACCAAUCGCUGCUCCCAAGCAAACGUAUUACGACAAGGAAUGGACCUUGUGGGAUCGUUUUGAAGUGGAGGGUGAAAAGACGCUCCGACAAUUUAUUGAUUAUUUCGAAAGCGAACACAAGCUGAAAAUCACCAUGCUUUCACAGGGUGUUUGCAUGCUUUAUUCGUUCUUUAUGCCGCAAGCUAAACGAAGCGAACGUAUGGAUCUCCCCAUGUCAGAGGUUGUCAAGCGUGUGUCGAAGAAGAGACUGGAGCCUCAUGUCAAAGCACUCGUCUUCGAGUUAUGCUGUAAUAACCUUGAAGAUGAAGACGUCGAAGUGCCCUACGUCCGUUACGUGCUCCCGACCGAAUAAAACUAUUUGAUUACUCUACGUUGUGCGGCGGGUUGGGGGUUGGUUCAUAAUUUGAUUUCAAGGUUAUUUACUACCAUAAUCAUCAGUUCACUUGCGCUAUAUCUAAUGUUGUGGACUAUUAGCUUAGUUCGUUGCUUUCUUUAAUUCUAAAUAGAAUUCUCUAUGGAAGUUAUGUUGACCUGGGUCAUUUAUAAUCAAUUCCAAGAGUUCUUUCUUUGUGCCAGUGAGUAUUAAAUGUUACCGAUUGGAUUAACAAAGGGCAAAAAUCCUUACUCUACAUGGCUGCAACUUUUUCAACAACCUCCCUUUCAACCCUUCCCCAUUUACCGAUUGUACAACUGGCCUUGAAUAUUGGUAUGAAGUUAAUACAUGCCGUCAAAAUUAAA